AUGGGCGCCGCGGCGGAGCUGGCUUGGCGGCUGCGGGCAGCGCUGCAGGAGGAGGAGCCGCAGGCUGUGGAGGAGCUGCUGCGCCGCGGCGCGGACCCCAACCUGGUGCUAGCGGACGGCGCGGCAGCUGUCCACCUGGCGGCGGGAGCCCGGCACCCACGCGCUCUGCGCUGCCUCAAGGCUCUGCUGUGUCGAGGCGGGAACCCCAACGUGCGAUCGGCCGAGGCGCUGACACCGCUGCACGUGGCCGCCGCCUGGGGCUGUAGCCGCAGCCUGGAGCUGCUGCUGAGCCAGGGAGCCGACCCCCGGCUGCUCGACCAGGAUGGACUCCGGCCACUGGACCUGGCAGAACAGCAGGGGCACCAGGACUGUGUGCGCGUCCUGAGGGAGCUCCCAAAGCUGACUAGGACCCCUCCGCGGACCCGGUUAGAGACCCAGGAGCCGGAGCCUACGCCCAGCGGCUCAGCCCUCAAGGGAAAGGGGCUGGAUGCCAGCCCCUCUGGACCUCCCAGUGUGAUGCUGGACUCCACGGGCCUGGGCAGCAGGGACAGCAGGGACAGGGACCUGGAGGCUAGCCCUGGACCCUCCAGCCUCCUCGCCUGCCCUGAAGUUGCUGACAAGGAUGGCAGCUUGGAGUCCUCCCCUGGGUGCUGGGACUGCAGCUCAGAUGCCUCCUUCGUCACAGCAGUCGAGGCUUCUGAAUCCAAGGACCCAGCCCCGCAUACAUACCCCCGGGCUGGGCCAUUGCCCAGGCAGCAACUCCUGCCUCAUAUCCGACCAUCCCAGAGGAGGCUAAAGUCUCCGGACACCCCACAGCCGGAACAUGGAGCCAUCAUGACGGACAAGGAGGCCGAAUUAAAAGCCCUCCUACAGGCCCUGACUCUGACCUCCCCAUCCCACACGUCCCUCCCAGAGAGGAGCCCAGCCCACAGCCCCCCUCCGCAACCGCUGCCUGGACCCCUCGACUUCCACUUCCUCACAGAUGACCAAUCGUCCCCGGACAGUGAGGGGGGCGCCCUCUGGCUGACGGAGGACGAGGUGCAUUCCACAGGGGGCAGGGACCCAGUCCGCUCUGGCGGGUGUCUGCCAGUCAUGUCUGACCUGGAACUGCUGCAGAGGCUCCGGGCUCUGGGUGAGAGCCCAGGCCCCGUCACGCCCUUCACCCGGCCACAUUACCUCCGACGACUCCAAGAAGCCCAGGCUGCUCCUGGCCCAGACUUUUCAGGGCACAGCCCAGAGCUGACUGAGGCCCUGAGGACAGGCCGAAUCCCAGACGCCCAGGCAGAUGAGGAUGCACUUGCCCAGCAAUUUGAGCAGCCGGAUCCCAGCAGAAGGUGGCGGGAGGGGGUAGUGAAGUCCAGUUUCACGUAUCUGCUGCUGGACCCCAGGGAGACUCGGAACCUGCCAGCACGAGCCUCCUCACUAACUCCAGCUGAAUGCCUUCGGGCUUUCGUCCACGCCAUCUUCUAUGUGGGCAAGGGGACCCGGGCCCGGCCCAAUGUUCACCUCUGGGAGGCCCUUGGCUACCGUGGGAGGUCAGGAAAGCAGGCCUGCCCCAAAGUGCGCCAGAUCUUGGACAUUUGGGCUAGUGGUCGUGGAGUCGUGUCCCUGCAUUGCUUCCAGCAUGUGGUCGCUGUGGAGGCUUACACUCGAGAGGCGUGUCUUGUGGAGGCUCUAGGGAUCCGGACACUGACCAACCAGAAACAAGGACACUGCUAUGGAGUGGUGGCGAGCUGGUCACCCAGCCGCCGCCGCCGCUUGGGAGUACAUCUGUUGCAUCGCGCUCUCCUUGUCUUCCUGGCUGAGGGCGAGCGAGAGUUGCGACCCCAAGACAUCCAGGCCUGUGGCUGAGCACUGGGAAAUUGCCCAUCCGGGCUGGGUGGAGGUCAGGGUGUUUGAAUGUUCCAGCUGCCCUGUGCUGAAAGCAGCCCUCCACCUCCGGUUCUAGAAGUCUGCGGGGGGAGGGGAGGUGGAAUGAGAAGCAGGGAAGACCUCCCCCUCAAGCUAAGGGAGGACUCUGUUACAGAUGGAACUGCUGGGGAGGUAGUGAACUCCCCAUCAUGGGAGGAGAACAAGUGGACCAGAAGGUUCUUUGAAACAUUUGGUACUUUGGAACUUGCCAGGGCUUUGGCGGUUUGGGCCUGUCUGUGUAGACAAAGUCCACUUUGAUCUUCCAGGCACAGGGGCCCACACUGGGCUGGGAGCUUCCUCAGCUACAUGAAGGGAAGCUAUCCAGUUCAAGAGCUGGGUCCUGCUGCUGCCAGAGGUGGUACCUCAGACCAGUCACUUGUCUGUCUGAGCCUCAGUGUCCUCAGUAGGGACAGUGAGGUCCUGCCUCAGGGGAUUGUGGGGAUCGGAUGGGACUCAGAGCCCUGCCCUGAGCCAGAGGUGACCCAGGUGGAAAGUCUCCUGGGUAAGGGCAGUGCCCUGAGUUCUCAAGGUGCCAACUGUGUCUGGUGAUAGGCCAGGGCUAGGGAGCUGGUGGGUUGUGGGUAUAAGACACCAUCCCUGGGGGUCACUGUGCCACGCAAGCUUCCUGGCAUUGCUUCUCUGAGCCUGUUUCUGCCACCAUAAAAUGGGAUCAGUAACCCCAAGUUCUGGUGGUGCUCUGUGAUUUCAGAUUAGUCACAUUUGCAAAGAGUUUCAGUAAGAUGCCAGGCUGUGGCGCUGGCGAGGUGCUGGCGGGAUCAUUUAAGUUUUCCAGAAGUUGCUUCUUCAGAGCGUCCAGUGCGUUAGGGACUUGGGGAAAUGGGCUGCCUCAUUGGUUUCGCUGUCUCCUCCUCAUUGCAGCUUCGGCUAACCAGGUUCUGUAGUUCGACUCUAACCUGGACGGAGGUUCACCCACUCAGGUUCCUCCACUUUAGAGCCCAUGAUGCGACCCCCCACCCCACCCCCGCUCCCCUCCCAGCCUCCCGAGGGGGCCUGGGCUCCCCAUUCUAAUGGAACUGAAGAAACCUCUCUCUGAGCCGAGCAGCUUCCCAAACACCAAGCCUCCUGAUAAAGUGACAGCAAUGAAAACGGUGUCAUCUACCCAGGAAUGCGCAAACAGGUCGCUAGGAAAGAAUCCAGAGACCUCCAAAAUCCCCAAAGAGAUGGGCUUGGUCUAACGGAGUUUCCCAGCCCCUGCUCCAUUGAUGCUCGAGCCCAGUUCCUUCGGGGGUGCGGGCUGUCCUGUGCAUCGCAAGGCGCCAGGAGGCAUCCCUGGACUCCACCCACCAGGGGUCACUAUGGCCCUCCACCUCCCAGAUGUGGUCCAACUGUCUCCAGAAUUUCCCAAGGGACAGCUGUGCCCCUGGUGAGAGCCACUGGGCUAAAGUGGCGCAUAAACCAGUGGGGAAAGGACCCAACGGCAGUAACCAAGGGGGCAGUUGUCUCCUGCCGCCAUCCUCACAAACCGCCAGCGUACCUAGAUAUACAAACAGGAUAAAACACAGAGGAACAGGAGCAUGGCCACGGGGCAGGGAGACCCUUCUGCUGGACAGGAAAUGAUUUGGUGGCUUCAGAAUAAAUACCUUCAUGACAAAAGCCACCCUAAACCAAGUUGAAAGAUAAAAUGGGACAGCAAGAGGCACUGACUUGCUGUGUGACUUGGGGUGAAGGGGAUUCAGUGAGCUCAGCACGGGGCCUUGUAUACAGCUGGCACUCCAUUAUGGCUCCUCUAAUCCCAUGCGACAUCCGGUGACCCUCACCUCAGCCUCCAUGUGGACCUCUUCCUCCCCUACAGCGACAAGGAGUUCAUUCCCCCCGACUUUCUUCCUUCUGCUCUGGGAAUACUGCCCGAGCAGCC